CUCAGGCACUUUCAUAAUGUUGAAAACGGUCCUUGUCACUGGGGCCACCGGGAAGCAAGGGGGCUCAGUUAUCAAGGCCCUUGCUGCCGCUCCUAAUCCGAAGCUGAACAUCUUGGCCCUGACACGCGACGCCCAUUCUUCUCGGUCACACAGCCUUGCACAACAAUACCCAUCCGUCAAACUCGUGGCUGGCGACCUCAGUGAUCCAGACGCCAUCUUCAAAGCUAUAGGCUCUCCAGUUUGGGGUGUUUUCAGUGUUCAAACCCCUUACGGCAAGGGCAGUAGUUUGGAAUCAGAGCUAGCGCAAGGAAAGGCUCUUGUCAGUUCGGCCUUAAGAAACAAUGUCAAGUUUUUUGUCUACUCUUCCGUUGAUCGGGGUGGUGCCCGGAGCGACAGCGGUCCCUCUCCGGUUCCUCAUUUCGAGACGAAGCGGCAGGUGGAGAUCCAUCUACGAGAACAGGCCGCUACCACGGAUAUGCAAUAUACUAUCCUUCGCCCAACAUUCUUCAUGGAGAAUCUUACAAACGAUACGCAAGGAAAGCUCAUAGCGGCUGCUUGGAGGGCGAAUGUUGAUCCGAAAGGACUUCAGCUAGUUGCGACUUCCGACAUAGGGUACUUUGCAGCUCAGGCUUUCAUAAACCCCGAUGAAUAUGCGGGACGCGCUGUCAGCAUUGCGGGAGAUGAGUUGACAUAUGCGCAAGCGUCCGCGAUUUGGCAGGAACAAACUGGAUCCCAAAUGCCGACUGGAUGGGGGUUGCUCGCCUGGGCGCUUUUAGCAGGUAUCAAAGACCUCAGAUACAUGUUUAAAUGGUUUCGCGAGGAGGGCUAUGGUGCAAACAUUGCGGAGUUACGACGCCUACAUCCUGAACUUCAGGAUUUGUCGAUCUGGUUGAAAUCAAACCGAAAGUAGUGGCAAGCCCAUUACUUGCUAGGAUCUGUCCCUUCGUUACAGUGGAUAUCCACAGUCAGACUCUGAGGUUCAUUGUUGGCAGGGAUAAUCUUUUCAAGCGGACUUGGUUCUUUUGUGCUGCUGUAUUAUGCCUCGUUCAGUCAGAGCUUAGGGUCCGUCGGCAUGUAAUUUUUUGAGAAGAGGACCGAAAGACCUGCAGGCCUGGC